AAGUACCUGUCAUCCCCCUUGUGUUGUAUUUCGAGGUAUAAGCACUACAACAUGAUUCAUAUUACAUGGUAGACGCCGAUUGAGUCAGCUUCUUAUUCUGCCAGUUGCCCAACAUCGUUCAGACAUUUAAUAGUGACAUAUUUGCAAGAAAAGACUUAAUCUGCGUGUGUCAGCCCAUCUUCGAAACAGAAAGUACCUGGUGCUAGAUGUGAGCCACACAGAGGAGUCAAUGUUGCAGUCAGUGUUCAGCAGGUUAAAGUUGCUACCCCAAAGUCAGACUAAGGAUGUUACCCGUUAUCCCCCUGAUGGUAACCAUGACGAUCGUGAAGAAGAUGGGUUCUUGAUGAUUGGUGAAACUGCUAGUGAUCGUACUACCGUCACUCAUCAACAGUAUGUUGAUCAGCACAGAAUGCAUUCACCUCCAGACUACGCACAGACCCAAAUGGAGCAACCUCCCGGCUACCAAGGUGCAAUGACAACAGGCGUAGUGGGAAUGAACAUGCAGUUGUCUCCCCUUGAUAUGUUUUCCAACAACAACCACAUGUUGCCUCUGGCUGACAUCCCGUUCCAACUGGCACCACAUCUGUCUUUAUUGCAGAGACUGGACUCACUGGACAACCGGCUUGGGUUACAGACGUCCACAUUAGAUUUGUCCAAAUAUGAUUAUGACUUUAGCUAUGAGUUGAAAUACUUGCAGGAAUUUGGGUAGUGGUAUUUUUUGAGUGAAGGCAAAGAGAAUCAAUCCAGUCUGAGAUUACUGCGACAAUAAUGACAGAGUUACUCCCCUUUGUUCAAGGAUUUAUAUGAGAGGUGCAUGUGACAGUGUGGGUUCAAAUACUAUUUGUCGCAAGUCUCGUACCCCAGUGCAAUAUUUCAAGGGAGACAAGUAUUUGACACAUUGUACACUCAGGAUGAAUAGAUAGACCCAAUGGUUAGGCACUUACAAAUACUCCAUCUUAACUAGUUUUGUAGAGACAAGAGUCUCCGUUGUAUAUGGUGCUGCAAUUUGCUGUGCAGAGUUGCAUUCCUUAGGCGUGCCAGAAACCUAUGAUUGUGGUUUAAUAUCCCAGAUUCUCCCUAAUAAUGGUUCUUCGUUUGUCAGCACUUAGUAUAUAUUCAGAAUAUAUUUGAAUAUCAGUGCUGAUCAGUGUUUGAAAUAAAUAUAAAACCCAACAAGACAGCCUGGCAGGUUGCUCAUAAUUGUUGCCUGCCCAUCUUCCAAGUUACCUGCCCGCAUUCAGACAUUUUUUUAUUUUGUUAAAUCAAAAAAAAAUGUUGAUACAAAUCACAUCUUGAUUAAGUUGAAACAAUGCAAAACAAUCACUUUAGAAUCUACGAGAAGUUAAG